AUGAUGAAUUCACAGAAUCCUGGCACUCAAACUCUCCAAGUGAAAGGCGGAGAAAAUACUUUUACUGGGGAAAAAGAGCCGUACUUCUUCCUUGGUCCCCGCAGAUGUGGAUCCCAAGACUGCCUGAGCAUAACAAAUACAAUAAGCCUUGUACUCCUCGCAGCAACAGUCUAUCUUAUAUUGCGUGGCUUCUGGUGCAUGCAAGAGCUAAGCAUGUACAGGCCGCUACAUGGAGGCAACUACGCACGCCUUUUAUCGACUUCACGCGCUCGCUUGAUUAUGGCUUGCGUAGAAGAAAGCAGCAUGGAGGAUGUCCGUGCCCGACGCCCUUCAACAAAUUCAACAUCCAACGCGCCCGUUCUAGAGGCUCCUGCGGCACGACUUUCCACUGCUGCCAGUCAGAGGCUGGACAUGAACUGCUUAUAUAUCAAAGAAGCUUCCUCACAAGGUGUAGCAAAAACCUUAUUGACGCCCCCUGUCGAAGAAGCAGAACUAAGACGUCAACGGAAAGCUCUAAAUCUCUCUUGCAAGGAUCUUAAGAACCUACAGUAUGUUGAAAUCCAGCUUAUACUUAGAGCGAGGAGUGGGAUAAAAGAAAUGAUAAGCGAUAAGCAUCGAGCUUGGACAACUUUGGGGAAGUUAGCGGAAGAAUGGAAGCAGUUGGAAUCGCUCGAAGCUAAACUCGCUAAAGAAGUAGGCGGGAACUCAUCCACAGAGCUAGAGGAGACAAAUCGAAGGAUUCAAGCACUUGAAAAGCAAAUGAAGGCACUGCACGUAACACUCAGGCGGAUCCGGAGUACAAUGUAUUCGAUAACCCAGCAGAAACUGCAGAAGGCCCUUUCUCUCAAGCUGUUUCUAAGGCACCGCAUACAGAACCAAAAAAUAUCAAUCACAGCAGCGAAUGCCUUAAGCAUAGCCGCUCUUGUAGUUAAUGGCGUGAGGGGAAGAAAUUGUGCGCUACCUCCAAAUUACAGCGACGAAGCCCUAAAAGUAGCGGAAGAGUUCCUGACGAGCACGCAAAGUGCAACGGAAGACCUCUUGCAGCAGCUUAAUUCACCGACAAAUGGCCUCAAAACCAUACGGAAAAGUGUGGCAAAUUAUCACUUGCUUCAAAAAGAUGCAUCCAUGUAUGCUUUGCAGAUGCGGAGUGCUUUGAUGGCUCCUUCGGCACGGCGAAUAAUCGAAAGACUUGAAUCGCAAAACUUCAAGUUGUCGAAAGCUCUAGAAAAAGCACAUGGAAUUUUACAAAAGGGAACCACUGAGGGCGCAGCAAGAGCCUCACAAGGGAGCCCAUUCACAAGGGGGCGCUUUUCUUUACUUCGUAAACUUUUGGGAGCCCGAAGGAGUACUGGCCUGGACAAAUCACGUUGA